UUAAAACUAGUAGAAAGCAAGCUGCCAAAAAGGAACGCUAAUUCAAAUCCUAACCCACAAAAAAGAUUCCCUAACUCAAUUUCAUCGAUCGAGUUUUGAGAUGGCUUGCACUAAUAAAAGUAUCAUUCAAAGUAGCAAUAUGGUGAGUGAUCAGAGCAGAAAAUCAUCAUAUGACGUGUUUAUCAGCUUCAGAGGAGCAGACACACGAUUCAACUUCACUGAUCAUCUUUUUUCCGCCCUCCAAAUAAGAGGCAUUGUUGCAUUUAGAGAUGACACUAAGCUUAAGAAAGGUGAAUCUAUAGCACCUGAACUCCUUCGUGCUAUCGAAGCCUCUCGGACUUUCAUUGUUGUCUUCUCAAACAACUAUGCUUCCUCAACUUGGUGCUUGCGGGAAUUGCAAUACAUCCUUCAUUGCGUACAACUUUCUGGAAAACGUGUUCUCCCUGUUUUCUAUGAUGUUGAUCCUUCCGAGGUGCGAAAGCAAAGUGGGAGUUAUAAAAAAGCAUUUGCCCAACAUGAGGAAAGAUUCAAACAAGACACUGAGGUCCUGCAAGGAUGGAGGACAGCUCUCACGCAAGUCGCCAAUCUUUCAGGUUGGGAUAUACGUGAUAAGCCCCAGUCAGCAGAGAUUAAAAAGAUUGUUGAAGAGAUAGUAAAUAUAUUGAAUUGCAAAUUUUCAAGCCUUCCAAAUGAUUUAGUUGGGACGCAUUCUCUCAUAGAAAGAUUGGAAAAGCUUUUACUUUUGGAUGUGGUUGAUGAUGUUAGGAUUGUUGGAAUUUCUGGGAUGGGUGGAGUAGGGAAGACAACUCUUGCUAGGAUUUUAUAUAGAAGAAUCUCUUCUCGGUUUGAUGCAUGUUGCUUUAUUGAUGAUCUAAGCAAAAUUUGCAAACAUGCUGGUCCAGUUGCUGCACAAAAGCAAAUUCUAAGCCAAACUUUAGGCGAAGAACACCUUCAGAUAUGCAAUCUAAGUGACGGAGCUAAUUUGAUACAAAAUAGGCUUGGUCAUCUGAGGGCCUUCAUAAUUCUUGAUAAUGUUGAUCAAGGAGAACAAUUGGAGAAAUUGGCUUUGAACCGUAAGCUGUUAGGUGUUGGGAGUAGAAUCAUUAUAAUUUCGAGAGAUACUCAUAUCUUGAAUAGGUAUGGAGUGGAUGUAGUUUUCAAAGUUCCACUCUUGAAUCAAACUAAUUCUCUUCAAUUAUUUUGCCAACAAGCUUUCAAACGUGAUAAUAUUUUGAGUAAUUAUGACGAGUUGGUAUAUGAGAUACUAAAUUAUGCUAAUGGCUUACCACUAGCGAUUAAAGCAUUGGGCUCAUUUUUGUUUGGUCGAGAUAUUUAUGAAUGGAGAAGUGCAUUGACUAGAUUGAGAGACAAUCCAAACAAAGAUAUCUUCGAUGUAUUGCGAUUGAGUUUUGAUGGGCUAGAGAACAUGGAAAAAGAAAUAUUUCUCGAUAUUGCAUGUUUUUUCAAUGGACGUAAGGAAGCACUUGUUAAAAAUGUACUGAAUUGUUGUGGAUUUCAUGCUGAUAUUGGAUUAAGAGUUCUCAUUGACAAAUCACUUAUAAGCAUAUCAGAAAAAAGUAAGAUUGAAAUGCAUGGUUUGUUAGAAGAGCUGGGCAAAAAAAUUGUUCAAGAAAAUUCAAGCAAAGAUUCAAGAAAGUGGACAAGGUUGUGGCUCCAUGAAUAUUUCAACAAUGUUAUGUCAGAGAAUAAGGAAAAGAAUGUUGAAGCCAUAGUUUUGAGGCGUGGACGGCAAAGAGAAACAAAAAUAGUUAUAGCCGAAGCAUUGUCAAAGAUGAGUCAUCUUAGAAUGCUUAUACUUGAUGGAAUGGACUUCUCAGGAAGCUUGGAUUGUAUUUCUAAUGAAUUAAGAUAUGUUGAGUGGCGGGAAUAUCCUUUCAUGUAUUUGCCAUCAAGUUUUCAACCCUACCAACUUGUUGAGUUGAUCUUGGAAGAUAGCAGCAUCAAACAACUAUGGGAAGGCACGAAGUACUUGCCAAAUUUGAGAACUCUUGAAUUGAGGAACUCCAAAAGUCUAAUAAAAGUGCCAGAUUUCGGAGAGAUCCCUAAUCUUGAGCGGCUAAAUCUCAAAGGAUGUGUAAAACUUGAGCAGAUAGAUCCAUCUAUUAGUGUUCUAAGAAAACUUGUUUACUUGAAUUUGGAAGAUUGCAAAAAUCUAGUAACCAUACCGAAUGACUUGUUUGGUCUCACCUCUCUUGAGUAUCUAAAUCUUUCUGGAUGUUACAAGGCAUUUAACACUUCAUUGCAUUUGAAGAAUUAUAUUGAUUCAAGUGAAAGUGCGUCACAUUCCCAAUCAAAAUUUUCCAUAUUUGACUGGAUCACUUUGCCUCUCCAAUCUAUGUUUCCAAAAGAAAACCUGGACAUGGGUUUAGCAAUACCUAGUUGUUUGUUGCCUUCAUUGCCAAGCUUAUCCUGUUUGCGUAAACUUGAUAUUAGUUAUUGCAGUUUAAGCCAAAUCCCUGAUGCUAUUGGUUGCCUACUUUGGUUAGAAAGAUUAAAUUUAGGGGGAAACAAUUUUGUGACAUUGCCUAGUUUCAGAGAACUUUCAAAACUUGCAUAUUUGAAUUUAGAGAACUGUAUGCAGUUGAAAUAUUUUCCUGAGCUUCCUUCAGCUUCCUCCAUCGAACACGAGCACAGUCAUAUGUUUUCAGAUACUAGUUAUUGGAGGAGAGCAGGAUUGUGUAUUUUCAACUGUCCUGAAUUGGGUGAGAUGGAAAAGUGCAGUGACUUGGCAUUUUCAUGGAUGAUACAAUUUUUGCAGGCAAACCAAUUAGAAUCCUCCUCUGUCUUCUUCCGCGAAAUCAAUAUUGUUAUACCUGGAACAGAAAUGCCAAGGUGGUUCAACAAUCAGAACAUGGAAAGUUCAAUAAGUAUAGACAUAUCUCCUAUCAUGCAUCAUGACAGUGAUGUCAUUGCUUUUGCGUGUUGUGUAGUAUUUUCUGCAGCGCCUUAUCCAUCUACGAAUAUGAAAACCAAUUACCGAAAGCCUGUAAUACAUUUGUGUUUUAGUAGCGGUGACUUGGAGGUAUUUCUAGGCAUUCCAGCACAUACAAAUUUAAAUAUGCUGAAAUCAAAUCACAUUUGGCUAGCUUAUUUCACUCGAGAAUCAUUCAUUGAUCUUAUGAGUGAUAUAGACAGUACACUUGGUGAUAUUAGAAUGGAAGUUUUGAUUGUGGAUGGUGAAGGUUUGGAUGUAGAGGUGAAGAAUUGUGGUUAUCGUUGGGUAUAUAAACAUGAUCUACAACAUCUCAACUUUACAAUGAUGCAUUGCAAAAGUUCAUUAGCUCAGAACUGCGACAUUUUGGGAAUCGAAGAUGAGGCACAACCAGAAGUGAAACCACGUUGUUACUCUAUGAAUCAUUUUGUGCUUUGACAUUGGGGAAGAAGACUGCCUCUGUGGUGUUGAUUGAUGAGUGUGGAAACAAGUGGAAUUGUAUCACUGUGUUCGGGAAACGGCCACAUCGCCACAUCAAAAUUGGAGGGGGUUGGAAGCGUAUGGUUGAAGCACGCAACAUACCAAUAGGUGUAAGUAACGAAGAUCGGUGCUCCAAGGGUUGGGAACAAUGAUACAAUCUACCUAGAAGUCAGACGCCCGUCUGUUUUUUGAAUUUAGUUGUUGGAUUCAGUUUUAUUGUUUUUCUUUGGUUGAUUUCGUUUUUGUUUCUUUUGGUUAAUUUUUGAAGUCUUCUUUCAAGUGGAACAAUUGUAGAAGUUGUUGUUUUGUAAGAGUUGUUGAUAUCAUUUGAAUUGAAAGAAGCAUUUUGGCCUUUGGCAUUUUGAAUUAAGA